GCCACUUGGUCACACUAUACCACCAUUCGUGUGCUCAGCAGGCUGAUGUACAAUAAUAUCUAAGUUUAUCGAGUUCUAACUGAAAAUAGGCCAAACAACGUUCCUUAUAAGCCAAAUUCACAUCAGUGUUAAGUUUCUAAAAAGUUUCACACAAGACACAUACAACCAAACGCACGGAGUCCAGCACGAUGGCGAUGACUCUGAACAUUGGCUCCGUGAAGCUGACCAAGUGGCAGCUGGCGCUCAUCCUGGGAACCCCUUUGGCCAUUGGACUGGGCACCUAUGCGGUGAAGCGGUGGACAGCUGCCCCCAAGGAGGCGGACGGGGAGAAGAAGCGGUCGAAGGCCAAGAUCGAGAAGCAGGCCAUCUCCCUGGACGGCACGGCGCCGGACAAGGAACUGGAGCGCAAUAAGAAGUCCGCCGAGCUGGGCGAGAAGCUGUCGCCGCUCAAAGAGGCCAACAACUACAAGACGGAGGGCAACAACUGCUAUCGGAACGGAAAGUACGACGAGGCCAUCAACUUCUACGACAAGGCCAUCGACAAGUGCCCCAAGGAGCAUCGCACCGACAUGGCCAUCUUCUACCAGAAUCGCGCCGCCUCCUACGAGAUGCUGAAGAAGUGGUCCAAGGUGAAGGAGGAUUGCUCCGCCUCGCUAGAGUACAAUCCGCGCUACGCCAAGGCAUACUUCCGACGUGCCCGUGCCCACGAGGCCACCAAAGAUAUGGUGGAGUGUCUGGACGAUGUCACCGCUACCUGCAUCCUGGAGAUGUUCCAAAACAAUCAGACCAUCAUGUUCGCGGAUCGAGUCCUCAAGGAGACAGGCCGUGUGGACGCCGAGAAGGGUAUGCGCGAUAGGGUGCCCGUUGUGCCGUCCGCCUGCUUUGUGAACACCUACAUGCGCUCCUUCAUCGCGGAUCCGCUUCAGUCCUUGCAACUACCGCCCGCCACGGAGUCGGAGGCCCCGGCAAAGGGCUUCGUGCGGGCCCAUCGCGCUUUCCUCGCGGAACAGUACGAGGACAUCAUUCCCGCCUGCACCGAAGAGAUUGAGUCCUCCGAAGCCGAAGCGCAGUACAAAGUUGAGGCUCUGCUCAUGCGAGGCACCUUCCACCUCCUGUGCGGCUCUUACUUGGAGAGUCAGCAGGACUUUGAUGCCAUCUUAGGAAAUGCUGAUGCUGAUCCCAAUCUGCGUGCUUAUGCGUAUAUUAAGCGAGCCGCCCUCUUCAUCCAGCUGGACGAGCGCGAAAAGGGAAUGGCGGACUUUAAUGAGGCGGAAAAGUUGAACCCCGAAAACCCGGAUGUGUACCAUCAGCGCGCCCAAAUCCUGCUGCUGCUGGAACAGAUCGAUGAGGCUUUGGCCGAGUUCGACAAGGCGGUGCGCCUUGCGCCCAACCACGCCAUCGCCUUCGUCCAGAAGUGCUAUGCCGAGUACCGUCUGGCGCUCGUUAACGGCGACCAGCGGCGCCUGGAGAGCGUGAUGCAAAACUUCGAGAAGGCCAUCGAGCGGUUCCCGAACUGCGUCGAGUGUUACAGUUUGAUGGCUCAGGUUCAGGCCGAUCAGCAGCAGUUUCCCCAGGCGCAGCAAUACUACGAGAAGGCCAUGAAGUUGGCGCCCAAGAAUCCGGCACUUAUCGUUCACCAGGCCAUCAUGGUGCUGCAGUGGCGCGGAGACAUUGAGUCGGCCGUUCAGCUGCUCAACAAGGCCAUCGAAGUGGACCCCAAGUGCGAGCUGGCCUACGAGACCCUGGGAACCGUGGAGGUGCAGCGGGCGCAGCUCAAACGGGCCGUUGAACUGUUCGAGAAGGCGCUGCUCUAUGCCAAAAGCCAGGCGGAGCUCGUGCACGUCUACUCGCUGCGCAAUGCGGCGGUGGCCCAGAUCAACGUUACCAAGAAGCUGGGCAUCGACAUGAACUCCGUUUCGGCCAUGGCGCAGUCGGGUUUAAUGCCACAGGGCGUAGUGUAGAGUUUGUUUUGAGAGAUAGCGGAGCAUUUAGCUAGACCACCACCAGCAGACCCCUACUCUAAUUAAGUUAAUAUCGACCAUACCUGUUAUUUAUAUAUAUAUAUAUAUAUACAUAUAUAUAUAUAUAUAAAGCUUGUUUACGUUUAUGCUCCUAGCUAUAGCAUAGAAAUUGUCAUGUAUUAUGAUGCUACAUAUGUAAUCUAGAAUCUGUUGCCUAAGGAACCCAGUAAGACAAAACCAGUAGCUUAUGUUUUUUUAGCGUAAGAUUAAACCAAUAACAAGCGA